AUGAGAGCGGUUACAAUUUCCUUGUUUGGAUUUCUUCUUGUCAUCGCAGCCACUAUUAUCAGCUUUUGUGAUGGGAAUUCCAAUGUGCUUUGCAUUGAGAGUGAGAGGCAAGCUCUUUUGAAGUUCAAGCAACACCUAAUUGAUCGAUCAAACAGGCUAUCUUCUUGGGUUGAAGGUGAGGAUUGCUGUGAAUGGGUUGGUGUUUUCUGCAAUAACUUCACUGGCCAUGUCAAAGAGCUGCAUUUGGGGCUUCAUUCAAGUAGUCCUGACAUAGAACUGGAUGAUGAACGGGAUGUUUACUUUCAGUCAGCUGAACGGGAUGCUUACUUUCGGUCAAAGCUAGGAGGCAAAAUAAAUCCUUCUUUGAUCGAGUUGAAACAUCUCAGUUUCCUAGACUUAAGCAACAACGACUUUGGAGGCCUGGCAAUUCCUGAAUUCAUUGGUUUGAUGAAGAGUUUGACAUAUCUUAACCUCUCUUUGGAAAAAUUCAGCAGAGCAAUUCCGCAUAAUCUUGGAAAUCUGUCAAAAUUACAUUAUCUUGAUCUUGGACACAAUUUCGUUUUUGAAGCUAAAACUCUUCAAUGGGUUUCUGGUCUUUCGUCUCUGCAGUAUCUUGAUUUGAGCGAUGUAGAUCUUAGUACAGCAACUGAUUGGCUGCAGGCAACAAACAAACUUCCUUCUUUGGUGGAGUUACACUUAUCAGAUUGCUCUUUAAAUAAUAAUGAUCCAUCUUCAAUCAGUGUUAACUACACAUCUCUUGCCGUUCUUGAUCUUUCUUCAAACAUGUUGUCUUCGGUACUUACAUGGAUAUUCAGUCUUCGUAGUCUUGUGUCCAUUGAUCUUAACUCUAAUGCAGUUGAAGGUGUGAUUCCCAAUGGUUUUCAGAACAUGUCUUCUCUCAAAUUUCUUGAUCUUAGUUGGAAUUCAUUCUCUUCAUCAUCGACAGUCAGCUGGUUGUCUAAUUUAAACCAACUUCAAUUCCUUGGUCUUGUUUAUGUCGGCCCUAAAAGUUUUUUGGCAUCUAACAACAUGUUAACGUUUAAACCAAACCCAAGUUGGAUUCCUCCUUUUCAAUGGAAAAGUAUUGGAUUAGGUAACUGGCGUCUUGGUCCGCAUUUCCUCAGUGGCAACAGUUCCAAAGGAACAUAUCGCGGAUCCCUUUCUAAUAUUUUUUGUAAUUUCUCAACUAAACUGGAAACUUUGACCAUUCUUGACAUUGAAUCAAAUCUUCUGUCAGGUGAAAUUCCAGAUUGUUGGGAAAAUUACCAAAUGUUGCAAGUCUUAAAUUUAGGAAACGAUAAUCUAACUGGGAAAAUUCCUGGAUCCUUGGGAUCUGUAGGUGGUAUUGAGUCAUUAAACCUUCGUAACAAUAACCUGUUUGGAGAAGUACCAUCCAUAUUGCAGCAUUUAGCUAAUUUGCUUAUUCUUGAUCUUAGUGAAAAUCAAUUGACGGGUAGUAUUCCAGCAUGGAUUGGAGACAAGCUUUUAAGCCUUGUGGUUCAAAACCAUCGUUCAAAUAAAUUUCAAGCCUAUAUUCCUGAUCAAAUUUGUGCUCUUAAUUCUCUUCAGUUCUUGGAUCUUGGUUAUAACAAAAUUUCAGGAGCUAUUCCAAAAUGUUUUAGUAACCUAAGUGCCAUGGCCACAAAACCCCUCAACGGAAUCUUGUAUCGAUGGGUCUUGGAAUUCCACCCUAACAACUGGUUUUAUUUAGGUGCAUUAUUGGUGAUGAGAGGAAGAGAGGAUGAAUAUAGUACCACACUAGGACUUGUUACCGGCAUAGACCUUUCAGGAAAUCUCCUAACAGGACAGAUACCAGAGAACAUUGGCAAUCUGGAGGUGUUGGAAUCUCUUGACUUGUCGAUGAACCGACUCCAAGGUGAAAUCCCUUCAAGUUUCUCCAAUUUGAAUUUUGUGAAUCACUUCAACGUGUCAUAUAACAACUUGACAGGAAAAAUCCCAUUAGGCACCCAGCUCCAAAGCUUUGACAAUUUUUCUUACAUUGGCAAUCUUCUUUGCGGACCUCCAAUCACUAAAAAUUGCAGCAGCAAUAGCGAAACACCUGAUGUUAGAAAUGGUGGUAGCAGUGAAGGAAGGCACAGGUCUAGGGUGAAUUGGCUUUAUGUAAGCAUGGUGGCUGGAUUUGCGAUGGGGUUCUGGGGAGUAGUGGCUCCCCUGUUUUUCAUCAGGUCUUGCAGGUUUGCUUAUUAUAAAAAACUGGAUCAUAUUGGUGAUAAGCUAUACGUGUUUUGGGCUACUAUUGGUAUGUAA